AGAACCUUUUAAUUUUUCAUAACAUUUCCUCCUGUCACCUAGCUCAACUGCAAUGGAGUUUCAUGGAGAUCAGAAAUACCUCUGGAGCUUCAUGGAUGAAGAAAGAAAGAGCAUCAAGUUACCUCGGAGACUUUCUUUUGGUAGUAACCAACAACAGUGUUCAUCAUCCGAAGUACCUAACAUUCACUUAGCUUCUGCAGCAAGACCAUCCACUGCUGUUUCUGAACCAUCAAUCGAUGCAAUUCCGCCACGACCUAUGAGCCCUGGCACACCAUGGACACUCUCCCCGGUGCGCACUUCUCCUUCCCAGCCUCUUCUUUAUCACUGCAUAGCCUCCCUCCACCGCCAUGAAGGUAAUAUUUUCUCUAUCACACUCUCCAAAGAUUUUAUAUUCACUGGCUCAGAAAGUUGCCGGAUUCAUGCUUGGAAGCAACCAGAUUGCACCGAUAUAGGUUCCAUAAAGGCUACUUCAGGUCAGGUUCGAGCCAUCUUAGCCUAUGGGAAAAUGCUGUUCACCACACAUGGUGACCACAAAAUUCGGGUAUGGGAUGCAUCAUCACCAGAGAACUUUAAACCUAGGAAGAUCACAACUUUACCACAGAGAAAUAGAUUCACUAAUUUGUUUUCGAAAAAGAGCAGCCUGCAACACAAUGAUUACAUCUCCUGCCUCGCUUACAACAAGGAAGACAAGAUGUUGUACACAGGCUCAUGGGACAAGUCAGUUAAAGCUUGGAAGAUCAAUGAAAAGCGCUGUGUCGACUCUUUCAUAGCUCAUGAAGGCCAUGUGAAUGGAAUAGUGAUCAACCAGGAAGAUGGGUGUGUUUUCACUUGCUCAUCAGAUGGAUCAGUCAAAAUUUGGAGAAGGGUAUUUGGUGAAAGCUCACACAUACUCACCAUGACCCUGAAGUUUCAACUUUCACCAGUGAAUGCCUUGGCAUUGAGCUUGUCAAAUAGCACCACCCUCCUCUAUUCUGGUUCCUCAGAUGGGCUCAUAAAUUUCUGGGGAAAAGAGAAGAUGUCUGGAAGAUAUAAUCAUGGUGGGUUUCUGCAAGGUCAUCAUUUUGCUGUUCUUUGCUUGGUAGCCUUGGGAGAACUAAUCUUCAGUGGCUCUGAGGAUGCCACCAUUAGGGUUUGGAGGAGAGAGGAAGGAAAUUGCUUCCAUUCUUGUAUCUCUGUCAUUGAGGAACAUAACGGGCCAGUUCGAUGCUUAGCAGUGUCUUUAGAAACAGAGAAUUUGGUAAGGGUCAAGGGUUUGUUGGUUUAUAGUGCAAGCUUAGACCAGACAUUUAAGGUGUGGAGGGUUAAGGUUUUUCCAACUGAGAAACAAAACUUGGAUGAAUCAGCAAAAGACCCACAAAGAGAGAUUUUGGAGUGUGAGACAAGUCCAGUGCUGUCACCUUCAUGGGUGGAGAAAAAGCUUCAGGGCAACUUUUUCCAGUAGAGCAGAAGACAGAAGAUGGAACUUGUAAGCUUUGACCCUGCUUAACUUUUAUGAUGGUUCUACACCAACUUGACAGGCGAACUACAGUUACCAACUCAGAAAUACAAGAAGCCUUCCAGAUCAGUAUCCCAAAAUUUACAGGGAGCUGAUUCCAUUUCCAGAUUUGAGAACUGGGAUAGUCUAUCUCUCGUAGUUCCACAUUACCUUAUCCAUACAACCUCAGGGGAAGCAAAACCCUCCUCGUUACA